AUGGGUAAGAAGAACACUAAAGGUGGUAAGAAGGGGAGAAGAGGUAAGAACGUCUCGGACGGACCCAAGCGGGAGCUGAUCUACAAGGACGAGGGCCAGGAAUAUGCGCAGAUCACGAAGAUGCUGGGUAACGGGAGGGUCGAGGCUAGUUGCUUCGACGGCAACAAGAGGAUGGCACACAUUAGAGGUAAGUUGAGGAAGAAAGUGUGGAUGGGCCAAGGUGACAUCAUUCUUGUGUCGCUGAGGGACUUCCAGGACGACCAGUGUGACGUCGUGCACAAGUACAACUUGGACGAGGCGAGGACUCUGAAGACGCAAGGUGAGCUGCCCGAGAACGCCAAGAUCAAUGAGACGGAUAACUUCGGGUUCGAGUCCGAUGAGGACGUCAACUUCGAGUUCGGCGACGCGGACGAUGACGACGACGACGAGGAUGACGGAGAAUUGGAUAUCGAUGACAUCUAA